AGUGCUUGCUUAAUUGUAGUGUACAGUGCAUCGAUUUAGACCAAGGAGUUUUUAAUAACAAUGGCUGAUUCAAGUGAAGCUCCGCAGUCUGGCGACGGAGAUGCGGCUGCGCCCCCAGUUAGCCCCCCUAAGGCCCCAGAAGCAGAUAAAGUAGUCGACACACAAACUGUAAUCCCAGCUGAUCAAUUGACACAGGUGAUAAACCUUGUAACAGAAGAGACUAAAUCAAAUGUCACUCCACCAGCACUAGUAGAAGAUAUUAAAAAAGACGAAACAUCAGUACCAGUAGACCACAGUAAAGAAGUGGCAGCACUAGCGACAGUAGAACAGACCAAAGAAGUAAUAGCACCAGUGGUAGAAGAGAAUAAAAGAGAAGAAUCAACAGAAAAUGUACCUCUAGAAGUUAAUAAAUUGCCAGAAGCUAAACCAGUUCCAUCAACUGUUGAUCAAAACUCCAACAGUGUCAAAGAAAAUACGACGUCACCUAAACAAACAGCCUGGCAAGAAAGAGAAUCUGAGCUUUUGAAGAAGAUUGAAGAACUAGAAAAAGUCAAGAAUGAACAGGGUGAAGAUGGAUUGAAGCUUCAGUUGAAGGUUAGAGAAGAAGAAAUAGAUUUAUUGAAGGCAAGAGUGAAGAAUUUAGAAACAGAGCUGCAAGCUGCUUUGUCCAAACCCGGUGGGAAGAACCAUGAAAUUAUUGAAAAAAUUAAGCAACAACAUGAGGAGCUUUUAAGCAAAGCAAAAGGCAUGAUCUUCGACAAGACUAAAAUGGUAAAGAAUCAAGAAUUACAAAUAGAAGCUCUGAAUACACAAGUUCAGUCUCUGAAAGAUAUCAAUUUGAUCACCAAGGAUCUUCUGGAGAUCAGGAAUUCUGAAGUUAAGGCUAUGGAGGAACGUCUGCAAGCAAUGGAAGCUCGAUUCAAAACUGAGAAGGAGCGCUACGGACUGGUCCUGCAGCGUGCACAAACCAGCUCCAAUAUCAACGAUGACUUGAAGAAGGAGUAUGAGACGCAGUUGGCUAUAUUUAAGGAACUUAGAGAAAAAUAUGAGCAGAGGGUAAAAGCGCUGGUGGCUGAAAACGAGAGACUCAAGGAAUCCGUUAAGAGUGGUGCCACAGGUGACGCACCACCCUCAGGGUCGACAUAAAAGACUGCAUAGAUAAUUAGGAAAUGCCCACAAUCUUAUUCGAGCAUUUCAAGCGUUGGUUAAUUAACAAAGAGUUUUUUACUUUUUUAUUGACUAUUGUAGUAUUAUUUAAUAAAUC